CUCUUUCUCUGUGUGCGAAACCCAAGAAGAGCAGGUACGCACUCGAGAGCAUGCUCAGGGAGAAGGAAAAAAGAGAGAGAGAGAAUCGGGGCGCCUCCUUCUCUUCUUCCCAACCUCGAUUUUCUCCCCACGUCGUACGGAACCGAGAUUCUCACUGCGGAGAGAGGAGGAGGAGGGGAAUGCAAUUUGCAAUUAACGAUGCAAAAAUGGGGGCAUUCCUCGGAAGCGGCAGAGAAGCCGUUUGGGGAAAUCCUAGGGCUCCACUUUCCGAGCAUCUUGUGUAUCUCCUCUGUUCGCCUUUCUUCCUGUAUUAUUCCUUCUACCGAAAACAGUGUUCUGGAAGGAAGACAGAGAAAGAGUGUGUUAUAAACUAUAAUAAGAUGACAUCAACGGCGUCAUGUGCAGCAGCAGCUGGAACGGUCAGACCUCCUGCUGCUGCACCAGUAACAGUGGCUGCUGCAGCAGACGUGGCAGCCUUUAGCUGCAGCAACGCUCGCUCGCUCUCUCUCUCUCUCUAUUAUUGCUUCUCUCCUUCUCUUCCUAUUGGUCAUGGUCAUUGUUAGGCUGCCGUCUAUUCUUCCUCGCUUCCUUUUCCGCUGCCUGCGUUCGCUCCUCUCUGUCUCUCUCUCGUAGCUCCGUUUUUUUUUUUUUCUCUGUCAUUAGGGGGCUCAGUGCGUGAGGAGGAGUUAGAGAGGGGGGCGGAAGAGGACCUGGAGAUGGCGACCUCGGAAGCCGUCGUUAGACCGACGACCUGCUCAGCUACACUGCCACUGCCGCUGCCCUGCCCAAGGUCGCCUCCUUCCCAACCUGACCCGUACGGAAAGCAUCGUUUGGAGAAGCAGAUUGAAAUCUUGAACCACGAGAUCGGUUCCCUUGAGGAGGAGUUUUUGUCGCUGGAUAGCUUUCCACUUGCUUCUCAAUGCUGCAAGGAGAUUGAUGAUUUUGUUCGAGAAAAUGCAGAUCCCCUAUUACCCAUAGUUCAGAAAGCUCAAUCAUGUUGGAUUUGGAGAAUUUUGGGCGUAAUUUUCUGCUUCAAUUUCUCAUACUUGUGCUGCAGCAGCAGCAACUGUGAGCUUAGCUUGCCCAAACCAUGUUGUUCGUGCCAUGCAAAAAAGCGUCGGAAGUGGCAAUGUGUGACAUAUUGCUGUACCUGCAAUCCAUGUGCCCUGCCAAGUCUCUCUUGCCCUGACUGCACUUGCACUUUGCCUGAUUGCUGUUGCUGUGAACCUGAUCAGAAUCGCAAUUUACCAGUUUGCUCCUCUUGUAUUCCUAAGUGCGGUUGCAGUUUACCGGAUUGCUCUUGCUGUAUUCCCAACUGUGGUUGCAGUUCAGCAGAUUGCUCCAGAGGUGCUGAUAAAUGCAGAUGCAGCAUACCAGGCUGCUCUUCCAAGUGUGGUUGCAGUUUGGCAGGUUGCUUUCGCUGUAAGUCCAAGUGUCACUGCAGCCAGCCGGACUGCUCUUGCUGCACCCUGAAAAAUUGCAGUUUACCGGCUUGCUCUUGUAUCCCCAAGUGUUGCAGUUUAGCGAAACACUCUUGUUGCAGUCCCAAGUGCAGUUGCAAAUCACCAGGCUGCUCCUGCUGUAUGCCUAAGUGCAGUUGCAGUUUACCGGACUGUUCCUGUUGCACUCUCAAGUGCAGUUGCAGGUUGCCUGACUGCUCUUUCUGUAUGCCCAAGUGCAAGUGCGGUUUAGCUGACUACUCCUGCUGUAUGCCCAAGUGCAGUUGCAGUUUACCAGAUUGCUCUUGCUGUACACCGAAGUGUAGUUGCAGUUUACCAGAUUGCUCUUGCAGUAUGCCCAAGUGCAGUUGCACUUUACCAGAUUGCUCUUGCUGUAUGCCCAAGUGCAAAUGCAGUUUAGCUGACUGCUCUUGCUGUAUGCCCACGUGCAGUUGCAGUUUACCAGAUUGCUCUUGCUGUGUUCCAAAGUGCAGCUGCAGUUUUCCAGAUUGCUCUUGCUGUAUUCCCAAGUGCCGUUGCAGUUUUCCAGAUUGCUCUUGCUGUUAUCCUAAGUGUUGUUGCAGUCUUCCAGAUUGCUCUUGCUGUAUUCCCAAGUGUUGUUGCAGUUUACCUAACUGUUCUGGUUGCACACCUGGCUGUAAUUGUAGCUUACCAGAUUGCUCGUGUUGUAUCCCCAAGUGCAAUUGUAGCUUACCAGACUGCUCUUGCUGUACUCCCAGCUGCAAUUGUAGUUUACCAGGCUGUUCUUGCUGUCUGCCUGACUGCAGCUUGUCAUGCCUCUCCUGCUGCGUCCCAGACUGCAGUUGCUGCAUAUGCUCUUGGCCAAAUUGUUCCAAGGCAUCAUGUUGUUGGCCACGCUGUAAAUGGCCCAGCCUAUUGUGUUGGCCAAAGUGUACAAACAAUUGCUUUCUUCCUUCUUGGUUAUGCUAGAAGGCACUUACUUUUCUCAA